AUGGAGGAAGCAAAGCAUAUUGAAGCUGGAGAAACUUCAACACCAUCCACAAAAGUUAUAACUAUAGAGCCAAAGUUGGUUAUAAGCAAAGGAAUAUUGAGUCUUGGAUUCGUUCUGCGGUUAUUCGCUGUUUUCGGAACUAUAGGAAGCGCGCUAGCCAUGGGAACAACACAUGAAUCUGUUGUCUCUUUGACUCAGCUUGUACUCCUUAAAGUUAAAUACAGUGACUUACCAACGCUCAUGUUUUUCGUGGUUGCAAACGCGGUUGCUGGUGGAUAUUUGGUUCUUUCUCUACCUUUGAGUAUCUAUCAUAUCUUCAGUAGUAAAGUGCAAACCUCGAAAAUCAUCUUGCUCGUCAUCGAUACGGUGAUGGUGGCUCUGGUGAGCGCUGGUGCAUCCGCAGCAACAUCCACCGUGUAUUUAGCUCACGAGGGCAACGCAACCGCUAAUUGGCCCCCGAUUUGCCAGCAAUUUGAUGGAUUCUGCGAACGCAUCUCCGGAUCUCUCAUUGGUUCUUUCGGCGCAUUGAUCUUGCUCAUGCUUAUAGUUGUUAAUUCCGCUAUUUCCCUCUCGCGCCACUAA